CCCGGCGGCUCUGCAACUGAAGACGGUAGCGGCGGCGGCUCCUUCUGCGUGUGGCUAUCGGAGGCGGCGAUCGAGAUGGCGACGCGGCGGCGAUUCCUCCACGAUAGCGACAGAUCCCGACCCAACGACUCCUCUCGUCGGCGGCGGCGGUCUCGCUCAACAGACGCACUGCUCCUUCAGCGACGGCCGGUUGAGUGACGACUCCUCUACGACGGCACCUGGACGAAUCAGCGGCUGACGGAGGCACGAUCUGAACUGCAAUCUCAGAUUGGACUACUGGAAUCUCAGAUCUCUCCCGGCGGCUCAGCACGCACAGAUCUGAAAAACCCUAGGUGACAAAUUUCUCACUAUUUGUGCUCGUGUUGAAUAACCUUGCUCUGAUACCACUUGUUGGGGAUUAUGCACGCAACACACACAAAUAUCUGCGAGAAUCAAGAGAGAAACGGAACACAAACGACACACAAGAAUUUAUCGUGGUUCGGUUUCCCUAAUCCACGGAUGCAACGGGAGGAUUUUCUUAUUUCACUUGUGGUACUGAUUACAAGUACAAGAAUGCAAUAUAUAUAGGAAGAGUGCAUCUAGGGUUUCGUAAAAUGGGCCGGGCCAAAAGUCAAGCCCAAGCCUCCACAAAUCGAACAUUUGUGAGAUCUAAUGUUAAUAAAAUGCUGAUUUGUUCUUUUCUGUAUGCACUUGUUUCUUCUUUGCUUGAUAAAUUACUAAUUAAAAUUGCUUGAAUCAUUUCAACAUAAAGUUAGCACACAGAGGUCAUGUUGAGAACAUGAAUAAAGACUAAAGAGAGGGUAAGAGCCUUGCUGUAAAAAGGAUAGUUUAGUGCAUAAAGCAUCCUGCUGGAUGUGGGUUUCAUGCAAUUGCACACACAUACACAAGAGAAAACAAUGUGUGUUUGUGAUUAGGUUUUAAGAAUCUUACUGUCCAGCAUAGUGAAAAUGCUUUUUUUUUUUGUUUGGCUAGUUGAUAAGAUCAUUGCAGGGUACAAACUUAUAAAAGAAAUGGAGACUGAUGGUGAACGAGAUUGUUAGAUUCACAAAUGCGGACUUUGGCUCUUCAGUUUUUACUUUUGCCUUGAAUUUAUGUAUUGUUAGGUGGAAGUACUUGCAAUGGCAAUGGGUCAUCUCUACUCUAAAGGUAUGUCCUCCACCUAAGGGUUAAUCAAGUCAAAGAUGAAUGAGUGGGGGGAAGAGGUAACUUGAUCAAAAGAGAGGAAGUGUAUUACAUGUGAAAUAAAGAAAUGAAGGAAGAUGGAAGAGUAAUGGUGGUGGUAAAGAGGAUGACCUAAUGUUAAUCAUAUUUUAAAUGUAUAAAUUUUGAUAGUCUUCAAUAUAUUGUAUUUUUAGAAUUUAUAUUUGUUUCGUAAUCAAUACCUACUAAAGACCAUCACACACACCUAAAAAAAACCCUAAACCCAUCCCUUCUUUUAUUCUUAAUUCUUUCACACCAAAAUUCUCUAAUGGCUGAGGUCCAAGAAAGCCACAACACCCAAGGCAUCAAGCUCUUCGGGGCAACCAUAAUCACAGUGGUAAAAGAAAAGAAAUCGAACAAAACCAACGAUGAUCCCGCGGCGGAUCACAAGAGGCCCGACAAGGCGAUCCCGUGUCCGAGGUGCAAGAGCAUGGAGACCAAGUUCUGUUACUUCAACAACUACAACGUCAACCAGCCCCGACACUUCUGCAAAGGCUGCCAGCGGUACUGGACCGCCGGGGGCGCCCUCCGCAACGUCCCCGUCGGGGCCGGUCGCCGGAAAAACAAGCCCCCUUGUCCGAUGAUGAUGAGCGCGUUUUCCCCCGAGGGUUGUUUCUAUGACGCCGCUUCAGGGCUUCUACACCAUAUUGAGUUCGAUGAGGCGGCGGCUGUCAGGCAGUGGCGCGUGGCUCAGCAAGGCCGCUUCGAGGAGCUUUUGCCGGCGAAGAGAAGCAAAAUCUCCGCCACUAAUUAAUUAAAUUGUACCCGCUAUCAUUGUUAAUCUAUACGGAGUAUAUGUGUAGAGAAUGAAAUGAGAAAAGCAAAAGAAUACCCCACAUAAAAUAAACUCGUAAAUAGAUGCUUGCAUAGUUUUAAUGUUUGCCAGUAAUAAGCACGUUUUUUUUCACUAAUAAUUUCGUUACAACGUA